GCUGCGGCCGCGGGCGCCAUGAGUCAGAAGCAUGUGCUGCAAGUGUUCGAGCAGUACCAGAAAGCCCGGACGCAGUUCGUGCAGACGGUGGCGGAGCUGGCGACCAGACCCAAAAACAUCGAGACCCUGCAGAACGCCGGUGUAAUGUCUUUGCUGAGGCCUCUUCUUCUGGAUGUGGUCCCAACAAUUCAACAGACUGCUGUUUUGGCUCUUGGGAGACUGGCUAAUUAUAAUGAUGACCUAGCCGAAGCAGUUGUGAAGGGGGACAUCCUUCCACAGCUUGUCUAUUCAUUGGCAGAACAGAAUCGUUUCUACAAGAAAGCAGCUGCCUUUGUGUUACGAGCAGUUGGUAAACACUCUCCUCAACUAGCUCAGGCAAUAGUUGAUUGUGGUGCACUGGAUACGCUGGUGAUAUGCUUGGAAGAUUUUGACCCUGGAGUUAAAGAGGCUGUAACCUGGGCACUUGGAAAUAUUGCAAGACAUAAUGCAGAGCUGGCACAAGCUGUGGUGGAUGCAGGAGCAGUUCCUCUAUUAAUACUCUGUAUCCAGGAGCCAGAAAUUGCUUUGAAAAGGAUUGCUGCUUCAGUCCUCAGCGAUAUUUCAGAGCAUUCUCCAGAGUUAGCACAGACAGUAGUGGAUGCAGGAGCUAUUGCUCACUUAGCCCGGAUGAUUCUGAACCCUAAUGCUAAAUUGAAGCGUCAAGUCCUUUCCGCUCUCAGUCAGAUUGCAAAACAUUCUGUGGAUCUGGCAGAAAUGGUGGUUGAGGCGGAGAUUUUUCCAGUUGUACUUACCUGCCUGAAGGACAAAGACGAAUACGUGAAGAAAAAUGCUUCCACUUUAAUUAGAGAGAUUGCAAAACAUACACCUGAGCUGUCACAGUUGAUAGUCAACACGGGAGGAGUUGCUGCCAUCGUCGAUUGCAUUGGGUCUUGCAAAGGAAGCAUAAGGCUGCCUGGCAUCAUGAUGCUUGGUUACGUGGCGGCCCAUUCUGAGAACUUGGCAAUGGCAGUGAUCAUUUCCAAGGGCGUGCCGCGGUUGUCAGUCUGCCUGUCAGAAGAACCAGAAGAUCACAUUAAGGCUGCUGCCGCCUGGGCCUUGGGACAGGUUGGGAGACACACUCCGGAGCACGCGCGCGCUGUCGCAGUCACAAACACUUUGCCAGUUCUGCUUUCCUUGUACAUGUCACCAGAAAGCUCUGAGGAUCUUCAAGUAAAAAGUAAAAAAGCCAUAAAGAGUAUCUUACAAAAAUGCACCUAUUUACCAGCCCUUGAGCCAUUUCUAUAUGAUGCUCCUCCCAAUAUUCUGAAGUAUGUGGUUGGACAGUUCAGUAAGGUGCUGCCACAUGAUAGCAAAGCUCGACGACUUUUUGUAACAAGUGGUGGACUUAAAAAGGUUCAAGAGAUAAAAGCAGAACCUGGAUCUCUUCUUCAGGAAUACAUCAAUAGUAUUAACAACUGCUAUCCAGAGGAAAUAGUAAGGUAUUAUUCUCCUGGAUAUUCAGAUACACUUUUGCAGAGAGUGGACAGCUAUCAACCAGUUACUAACUAAGCAAAGUUAUAUUUUUCUACUCAAAUUCACAGCAGAGUAGUUAUGAAUAACAGUUGUUAAACCUCUUUCUAAAUAUUUGAAUUAAGUACAUUCUAGAAUUCAUUCAAUAUGAAAUACCUGUAGAUAAUAUUUUCUAAAUUUAUGUAAUACUUUAAAAAUUAGUGGUUUGAAUUUAUGAGACAAUUUUCCUGGUCAUUUAUUUAUACAGGAU